AUGGCCGACGAAGAAACACUGCAGAAACGUGAAGAGGAUUCUGACUCCGAUGCCGAGGAUGAAGACAUCGUCGAUGAUGUACCGAAAAUUGAUAUAGACCCAUCGAAAUUAACACCUCUUUCGCCUGAGGUUAUAUCUAAACAGGCUACAAUAAAUCUCGGUACCAUUGGACAUGUCGCGCACGGAAAAUCAACAGUAGUGAAGGCAAUAUCGGGAGUCAUGACUGUCCGUUUUAAGAACGAGCUUGUGCGGAAUAUCACGAUCAAACUGGGUUAUGCCAAUGCUAAAAUCUACAAAUGUGAAAACGAAGCUUGCCCAAGGCCGGGCUGUUACCGGUCAUAUCGGUCGGACAAGGAAGAUAAUCCUCCCUGUGAACGCCCAGGAUGUGGACAUCGUAUGCGACUAAUUCGACACGUUUCGUUCGUCGAUUGUCCCGGACACGAUAUUCUCAUGGCUACCAUGCUCAACGGUGCCGCUGUCAUGGACGCAGCGCUUCUUUUAGUUGCAGGAAACGAAACCUGUCCUCAACCACAAACUUCUGAACAUCUUGCUGCAGUCGAGAUCAUGAAGCUCGAAAAUAUCAUCAUCCUCCAAAACAAGGUCGAUCUGAUCAAAGAGAGCCAAGCGCUAGAGCACCAGAAGAGUAUCGCAGCAUUCGUCAAAGGAACCGUUGCUGAAUCAUCACCCAUUGUCCCGAUAUCUGCUCAAUUGAAAUAUAACAUCGAUGCUGUCAACGAGUACAUCGUAAAGCGUAUACCCAUUCCUAUUCGGGAUUUCACCUCGGACCCAAGACUCAUUGUCAUUCGUUCGUUUGACGUCAACAAACCUGGAGCUGAAGUCGACGAGCUUAAAGGCGGUGUAGCUGGUGGUUCCAUUCUUACCGGGGUCCUUCGGUUAGGAAUGGAAGUCGAAAUCAGGCCCGGCAUCGUGACAAAGGAUAGUCAAGGUCGAAACAAAUGUCAGCCUAUCUUCAGUCGAAUCAUGUCUCUUCACGCAGAGAACAACCUCCUACAAUUUGCUGUCCCCGGUGGACUAAUUGGUGUCGGUACUCGAAUCGACCCUACACUUUGCAGAGCAGAUAGAUUAGUAGGUCAAGUUUUGGGAGCUGUCGGAAAGCUUCCCAAAAUCUACACUGAACUUGAGAUCAGUCUAUUCCUUCUUCGUCGUCUGCUUGGUGUUAAGACGGAAGAUAAAAAACAGACCAAGGUUUCCAAACUGGCAAAAAACGAGCUUCUCCUUAUCAACAUCGGUUCUACAUCAACCGGCGGUCGUGUUCUCAGUGUGAAGGCUGAUUUGGCCAAGAUUCAGCUUACGUCUCCGGCAUGCACUGAGGUGGGCGAGAAGGUUGCGCUCUCUCGUAGAAUUGAGAAACAUUGGCGAUUAGUCGGUUGGGGCAGUGUCCAACGGGGUACGGUAUUAGAAGUAGAUUAA